AUGUCCACGGACAUGGUCCUCACGGAGAUGAUCCGCCGGCGCCGGCUUGAGUCCGCGAAGAUCGCUGAAGAAGCGAAGUGGAAGCGCCAGAGCCAGGUGGAGAAGCAAGUGGCGUUGUUCUUAAAGCAGCACCACUUCGAGGAUGUGAAUGAUCCCAAGAGCUCAUGCUGCGGCUUGCGCGUCACCUACCCACUGCAGCAGGCGGCAAGAUCGAAGGACUGGCGAAUGGUGCUUCUACUUCUUCGUUGCGGGGCAGACCCGGAAAAGCGAGAUCUCUUUGGUCGAACAAUCUCGGCCGGAACUGACAUGCACGGUGGCUUGCCAAAAGCAUAG